GGGACCUGGAACCAUCUGAUGAAGAAUCCUCAGAGGAAGAGGAAGAGGAGGAAAGUGAUGAAGACAAACCAGAUGAGACAGGCUUUAUCACCCCUGCAGACAGUGGCCUCAUCACUCCUGGUGGCUUCUCAUCAGUGCCUGCUGGAAUGGAGACCCCUGAACUCAUUGAGCUGAGGAAGAAGAAGAUUGAGGAGGCGAUGGAUGGAAGUGAGACACCUCAGCUGUUCACUGUGUUGCCAGAGAAGAGAACAGCCACUGUUGGGGGAGCCAUGAUGGGAUCAACCCACGUUUAUGACAUGUCCACGGUUAUGAGCCGGAAGGGCCCAGCUCCUGAGCUGCAAGGUGUGGAAGUGGCCCUGGUGCCUGAAGAGUUGGAGCUGGAUCCUAUGGCCAUGACCCAGAAGUAUGAGGAGCAUGUGCGGGAGCAGCAGGCUCAAGUGGAGAAGGAGGACUUCAGCGACAUGGUGGCUGAGCAUGCUGCCAAACAGAAGCAAAAGAAACGGAAAGCUCAGCCCCAGGACAGCCGUGGGGGCAGCAAGAAAUACAAGGAGUUCGAGUUUUAGGUCCCCUUACGCUGGCCUUCCCUGUGGUCCUCCAUCUGGAUGCCUGAGCUUCACAGAAGAGCCACCUCUCCCGCAAUUCCCAAGGACUUGUCAUUUCAUGUUCUUAUUUUAGACCUGUUUUGUAAAUAAAGCUGUUUCCCAAGGAAAGAAAAAAAAAU